CACGUCACGUAUACAACACAAGUUGUAUAUAAGUUAUAUAUUUUAGUAGUUAUUUUUGUUGUCAUCUACUAAUCUGUUUUGGACAUCAGAGCAAUGGAAGAAGGUCAACGUGUUAACCAAAUCUUAGAAGACCGUGUGGACAUCAGGUCACGUGCAUUCUUUUGAAGUUAAGAUCUUGUGGAGACACAAAGCAUGGCUGAAAAAGUGAUGAUGAAUAAGUAUGACACUGGCUGGACCAGAAGCCAGAGACUAGAAGCUAAGCGAGAGGACAUGACCCAGUUGAUGUCCUGCCAUCGGAGGAUUCAGAGGUGUUUCCAGAAUGUCCUAGAACCACUUUCACACUUCUCACAGACCGAUAUAAACAACAGGAAAACAAGAGACAGAAAUAAAAAUAGUUUAACUCAGAAGAACAACUACAGUCCAGCUUCUUUAUCUGAGUUCUGUCAGCAGUUAAGGAGCAGGAUCACACAGCAGUCACCCCACUGUGCUUGUACAGAGGACCAGGAAGCUCUGUUAACAGUAAUGACAUCCGAGGUAAGUCUGGUGUGGCAGGAUCUGCAAAGGCUCCCUGCUGACCCCACGAUUACCCCAGAAGAAAAUGAGUGGCUGUACAGCUGUACUGUCACUCAGGUGCUUUAUAUCUGUGAGAAGCUGUAUCUACGAUACCUGCACCUGUUGGAAAAUGUGCAGAAACAGGGCAUCUUUAGCCAGCAUGCCAACCGCUGCCGUCUGGCUGCUCAGAUGGCCAAUGACCUUAGCCAGCAUUUGAACAUUCACUUCAUAAGACUCAGAGUUGCAGAGAAACUCAAAACUGCAUGGAGUGCCAGAAAACAUGCACUAAAUCUUUGUGAUAGACAACAAAGUGCACUAAAGGCGGUUGCUUAUCCUCACAUCCUGGACAGCUGCCUACACUUUAUAUCUGGCUACAAAAAAGGCAUGGCAAGCGGACAGCACAAGCAAACAGUUGAGAAAGACCUAAUAGAGAUAGAGGAAAAAAUAGGAGAUUUGGAUCUGGAUCUUGUUUAUGACCUCUGCUGUGAACUAAAGCCGAAAAACAGUAAAACUGACACACAAUGUAUGACUACCAGUGUGCUUGUGAAAGUAGAGGAAGAGAAUGAUCAGCAUUUUCAAAAGCAUAUUACCAGAAUGAAGGGAUGUACUUCCAUGCCAGACCUGAGGAGUAAAACACUGCAGAAGGAGUUUAAGAUGUCACUACUGCCAGCACGGCCUCAGACUCCUUUAGUGCUUCUGUCUACAGAACCAAAGAUUAGCCAGGAGAUGCACAUGAGCCCUGCUGAGGACCUGAGAAGACUGGUACAGGACACAGAUUCUGUGACUGAUUUUGAGACAGCCCUUCCUCCAUUGAUUCAAGCUCUGAACACCACUGGCUCCAGCAAACUUAAACGACUGACAUACAUGCUGCAGAAACUGGAAGAAGAGGAGCAAAUAAAGAAGCAACAGAUUAAAGCAGCUAGGCCAAAGCACCCUGUGGUAACAGGGGUAAAUGUGAGUGUGUUUUCUCAGAGUAUUGCACGAACAGCUGAGACCCGUGUGACAGAUAGGUCCCUUGCUGAGACCAUCAACAUCAGCCAAUACCCACCUGUUUACAAUGACCUUACUGGAGAGAUUAAUCCCAUGUCAGUCAGAGGGUUAGAUCGAAACCUGUUUGCUGGAGCUGAAAUUAAAGAAGUUUACAAGGAACUAUCCAAAAGUAUUUCAGCUGAAUAUUUUCACUUUGAUGAGGAUCCCAUGAUAGAACCAGCUCUAAACAAUACUGAAUUAAUGCCAAGAUUAAAAAAGAAUCUUGAAAAAAAGCUGAUGAACCCUUCACUACGAAUGCUUGAUCCUUACAGCAUGCCUCACAGGAGGAGUAAGAAGAUUCUAGACAAACACAGGAGGCCAAGUGAUGUAAAGUCUCAGGCUUAUGCAGCAUGGCACCAGUGGUGGAAGCUAAACCUGUCAAGUGAUGAUUAUCUUGACUACAUUUCCAACCAGGAGUCAGAUUACCUGUCCGUGGUGUUUCAUCUGUAUGACAGUGACAGUAGUGAUGAGGAAGAUGAGAGAAAAAAUAUGUUGCAAUUAAAGAAAGAGAAUGAAAGAAAGCAGCAGGAGAAGAUUGAUGCACUUAGGAGACAAAAGAGGGAAUAUGUUCCUGGACUGUGGAACAUUGACACAGUGCUGAUGGGGGGUCUGUGGAAGGAACCAGGGCCUUGUGAGGUGGAUGGAGCAGCUGAGGAAAAGGAGCAUGUGAAAGCACUUGAGAACUAUAGUUUGCCUGUACAGGAGUCUGUGGGUAAAGAGCAAAUAGAGACCAGACUGGAGAGAAUCUGGACAACCCUUUGCCUGUCUGAUGCAGAGAGGCUGGACAUGGCUAUCAAAUACAGCUCCAGUACACACAGAGACCAGCUGCUGGAGGCAACAGCGGUGUGGGAGCAGGCUGCUCGGCUGAUCCAGCAAAGGGAGUUACUAGUAUCUCAGCUGGAGGAGUUUGAAACAAUGGCAUCUGAUCCUAACAGGUUUUUCCGACAAGGUCACUUUGGCUCCUCUAUGGUCAGAAUGAAGGAAUCAAGACACAGGGAGAAGCUCCUGUCUAAGAUAGCAGCUCUGGAUGGCAUGCUGACCAAGAGCAUCCAUCAUAUAUCAACUACCUACAAUGAUACUGUCACAUUUAAGGGGCGGCCGUAUGGAGAGAAAAUGCGUUGGGACCGGAUUGAGAUGCUUUACUGGCUGCAGCAGGAAAGACGAGUUCAGGCUAUGCAGACGCUACUGAAAAAGAGAGGAAGAUUGCCUAUUAGACUUCCCCCUCUUAAUCACAGGAACAGAGUCUAUCCAGGUCCCAGCCUGGAGGAGCCUACUCCAUAAACCAGCAGGAGAAACGUUAAACUUUAAGAGGUGCCAUCAAUCAGCCAGCAGAGGUCGUAAUUGCACCAGUCAAAGGAGAGAGACCCCAUCCGGCUUAGUCCCGCCCAUCUGAACAACAGGCCAAUCGUUGCUCAUGUGGCUGCUCAGCCUUAGAUGGCAGGCAGAGUUGGGAUCUCGAAUACAUUGUAUCGAAUCUCACGCUGGUUCCAGCGUGUGUUUUAACCGCUGCGCCAUCUGAGCAGCCGACAAAGUUGAUUUCUGAUGUAUUGUUUUUCUAUUAUAUGAUGUACUUUCAGCUCAUAAAACCUUUAAGAAACAAGAAUGCAGUUUAUUUUGCCAUUUUGGAGUUAAAGCCUUUACAACUAUAAAAAUAAACAAAC